AUUUACAUUCGACCACAUUUAAGGUGUUUCUUACUUUAAAUUAACGCUUGUUGUUCGUUCAUAAGCUUCCAAUGCGCUGUCUGACGCUCUUCUCUGGCUCACAGCACAUAUGAGGCACCUUGUUUUCCUGAAUGAAAUCGUACGCGCGCGCUAUUAAUAGCCCCGGCUCUAUGACGUCACAAUGGAAGCCGCAUCUGACUCGCGACAGAUGAUGAUUCUCUCAAAGAGCCUCGCGACCGGGAAGGACACACUACUAUCCCCACAUAUUUGUCAGUCCACACGCCUGCAAACACACAGGAAUUAACUUUUUUCUCGCUCACAGAAAGGGACGUAGUGGCGGUUAGGAGAUGGUUUUGCAGCAUUUGCCCAGCUAGCGACGAGCGUUCGUUCUUUCAUAACACCAGCAAGCUGCAGUCACUGUGUACUGAACUGACUUCUGACAACAAUAAACACACACCUCACAAAGACACGGGUGCUCAUUAUGGACUACGAAAGACCCAACGUAGAAACUAUCAAAUGUGUCGUUGUUGGAGAUAAUGCUGUUGGGAAGACUCGCCUUAUUUGCGCCCGGGCCUGCAACACUACACUGACCCAGUACCAAUUGUUGGCCACGCAUGUACCAACCGUAUGGGCCAUCGACCAGUAUAGAGUCUGUCAAGAGGUCUUAGAACGUUCCAGAGAUGUUGUGGACGACGUAAGCGUGUCCCUUCGGUUGUGGGACACCUUUGGAGACCAUCACAAAGACAGACGCUUCGCCUAUGGAAGGUCUGAUGUCGUGGUCCUCUGCUUUUCCAUCGCCAAUCCCAACUCCUUACACCAUGUUAAAACCAUGUGGUACCUCGAGAUUAAGCACUUCUGUCCACGCACACCUGUCAUCUUGGUUGGCUGCCAGCUGGACUUGCGCUACGCUGACCUGGAGGCAGUCAAUCGUGCUAGGCGACCAUUAUCAAGGCCCAUUAAACCUGGAGACAUUUUGCCUCCAGAGAGUGGAAGGGAGGUAGCCAAAGAGCUUGGCAUCCCAUACUACGAGACCAGCGUUUUCGAUCAAUUCGGUAUCAAGGAUAUCUUUGAUAACGCCAUCCGAGCAGCUCUCAUCUCCAGACGCCACCUACAGUUCUGGAAGUCUCAUCUGAGGCGAGUCCAAAAGCCUCUUCUGCAGGCACCGUUUUUGCCACCCAAAGCUCCUCCGCCGCUCAUAAAGAUCCCAGAGUGUCCAGCCAAAAACCGGGAUGGCCCGAAGCAGCUUCUUGAGACCCCUCUAUGUGCUGAUGUUAUGUUUAUCGUUCAGGAGCACGUCCACUUGUAUGCCCACAGAAUCUACCUGUCUACCUCAUCCUCCAAAUUCUUCGACCUCUUUCAAAUGGACUUUUCGGAUGAAUCCCAGUGCUUGGUGGUAACAGAGCGUCACGGCCGGGAUCAGCUAAUGCGCACACUAAGCCUGGACACGGAAGAGGAUGUCAUGGUUCUCCCAAACCUUUCUCCUUGCUCUCUUCGAGCAUCCAAGAGUGAUGGUACCCUCAAAAUGAUGAGUUUCAGUGGGAUGCACCGACGCACAAGGCUUUCUCUGGCAUCUUGGAGCAAGGCUUUCUACAGCAUCCACAAGGAGAAUGUGAUCAACCCGGUCACAGGUACGCCGGCUCUCAUGACAAUCGUAAAGAUGGAUCAUUCCAUUCACCAUGGGCCAUUCAGUGCGGUCUUACGCUUCCUCUACACUGGCGAGCUGGACGAGAAGGAGAAGGACCUGAUGAAGAUCGCCCAGAUUGCAGAGAUCCUAGAAGUGUUUGAUCUCCGGAUGAUGGUGGAGAACAUCAUGAACAAUGAAGGCUUCAUGAAUCAAGAGAUCACAAAAGCGUUCCACGUGAGAAAAGCCAACCGAAUCAAAGAGUGUCUCGCCAAGAAUAAUUUCACAGAUGUGGUGUUCAGGUUAGACGAUGGCACCAUUAACGCCCACAAACCACUGCUGAUCUCUAGCUGUGACUGGAUGGCUGCCUUAUUUGGGGGCUCUUUCAUGGAGAGUGCAAACGACGAGGUCUCAUUCCCCAACACCAGCAGAGUAUGUAUGCAGGCAGUGCUGGAGUACCUCUACACCAAUCAGCUGUCGCCCAUGGCAGACCUGGACCCAAUGGAGCUGAUCGCCCUGGCCAACAGACUGUGCCUUCCACGGCUCAUCGCCCUCACAGAGCAAUACGCCGUGAGCGAGUUACUAAAAGCAUCUAAAGAUGGACAGGACAUUGAUGGAGAGGUACUUACCUAUCUGGAGCUCGCUCAGUUCCAUAAUGCUAAUCAACUCGCUGCCUGGUGUUUACACCACAUCUGCACCCAUUACAACAGGAUAUGUGCCAAUUAUCGCAAAGAGAUCAAGUCCAAAUCGCCGGAAAACCAGGAAUAUUUCGAGAAGCACCGCUGGCCUCCGGUUUGGUAUCUGAAAGAGGAAGAUCACUAUCAGCGGGUGAAGAAGGAGAGAGAGAAAGAGGAUGUGGUGCUGAAUAAACAUCACUCGCGGCGGCGCUGGUGUUUCUGGAGCACGUCCCCUGCUGUCGCUUGA